ACUAGGCCAUUAGGAAGUUUCGAGAAACGCUGUGUUCUGUCUCGUACAAUCCCGAGGCUUAGUAAUAAUCUUCAAGUGUACGUCGUAACACAUAUUACUCUCCAUUUUUUUCUAUUUUAUUCUCAAGCUCGUGCGAGCUAAAAUUAUUUAAAUCUUAUUGUCAUAAUCAGCUUCUGUAAUUGUCUUCAUUUCAACUAGAGUUAUUUAUCUGAGCGAUUGAUUUUAACGUGGACCAGUGAACACGUGAAACAAGAUGGUGAAGGAGACGACUUUCUAUGAUGUCCUAGGCGUUAAGCCUGGAUGUUCACAAGAUGAUCUCAAAAAAGCUUACAGAAAACUUGCUCUCAAAUACCAUCCUGAUAAAAAUCCCAAUGAAGGAGAGAGGUUCAAACAAAUAUCACAAGCCUACGAGGUAUUAUCUGAUCCGGAGAAGAAACGUAUUUAUGACACUGGCGGUGAGCAAGCAUUGAAAGAGGGAGGAAUGGGCAGCCACUUCACAUCCCCCAUGGAUCUCUUUGACGUAUUUUUUGGCAGCAGCUCAAGACGUAGGGCAAGAAAGGGUCAGGAUGUUGUGCACCAAUUGUCUGUUACACUCGAAGAAUUAUACAAAGGAACCACGAGAAAACUUGCUUUACAGAAGAACGUUAUCUGUGAAAAAUGUGAAGGAUAUGGAGGUAAAAAAGGAUCGGCAGAACAGUGUACUAUCUGUCAUGGUUCUGGUAUGGUAAUGCAGAUUCAACAGCUAGCGCCAGGUAUUGUUCAGCAAAUCCAAUCAAAGUGUUCAAGUUGUAAAGGCCAGGGUGAACGUAUCAAUCAGCGAGAUCGAUGCAAGCACUGUGGUGGCAAGAAAACAAUUCGCGACAGAAAGAUCUUGGAAGUUCACGUUGAUAAAGGUAUGGUUGAUGGUCAGAAGAUUGUUUUCAACGGUGAAGGUGAUCAAGAACCCGGUUUAGAACCUGGUGAUAUUAUUAUUCUACUUGAUGAGAAAGAACAUCCGGUAUACAAGCGAGCUGGAAAUAAUUUAAUUCUACCGAUGACUUUAACUCUAACGGAGUCAUUAUGUGGAUUUCAAAAAAUAAUUCGUACGCUUGACGACCGAGAUCUUUUGAUAACUUCAUUACCUGGACAAAUUAUAAAACACGGCGAUCUUAAAUGCAUACCAGAGGAAGGUAUGCCGUUGUACCGAGAUCCGUUUACAAAAGGAAAAUUGACGAUUCACUUCACUGUCGAUUAUCCGAAAUCAAUUGAUCCGGCCAUUGUUCCACAAUUAGAAAGUCUGUUACCACCACGUGAACAGACAAUGAUUCCCGAUGACGCCGAAGAAGUUAUUUUGGAAGACUUUGAUCCUAUGUUAGAUGCACAACAGCAACGCGAACGAGGUGGUGAAGCAUAUGACGAAGAUAAGGGUUCAUCUCGUGUACAAUGUGCUACACAUUAAUUAAUAAAUAAAUAAAUUUAUUAAUUUAUAAAUUCAUAAUUGUGAAGAUAACAGGACAAAAAAUAAUCAGAACCACUACAAUUAUUUUAUUUCUUAAAAUAUUAAAAUACUGAUAAUAAUUAUAAUAAUAACGGUAAUAUUAAUAACAAAAUGAUAAAAUUUACGUCCCUGCUACUACAUCAUCAAUAUCAUUGUGAUCUUUUAGGCAGUAGCGUAAGAAUCAUUUUUAGGUUUUCAUUAAAUUAACGGCGUGAUAAAAAAUAAAUCGCAAUAAUAUUGAAAAACAUAUUUGAAAUUUAAAUAAAAUAAUAAAAGAUGCGCCUUUGUCUACAAUUGAUGUUUUUUCUUUUAUUUUUUUUUUUUUUUCAUAAUGGAAAGUGAGCGAAUUGUACUUAUGAAUCAAUGCGCUCUUUAAAAUGAUAAUGAACAUUAAUAACAAUUAAUUAAUUAAAAUAAUAACGUUAGUAAAAAACAAUAUUAUUAUAAUUAUAAUAAAAUGAAAGUGGUCGAACUAGCUAAAUUAUGUCCGUAAGUUGAUUGACCCUAGCUCCAUUGAAGCUCUUUUUUUAAAAUUCCCGCUUCACAUUAAAGGAUUAAUCGUAAUUAAUAAAUUUAUAAAAAUGAAAACAAUUAUGAGGUUUUGAUUUUUUACAAGAAAUUAUGGAAGUUUUAUUUAAUUAUCAAUUGCACGAAUUAAUUGAAUAUUUAUUUAUAAUCAUGAGUAUCUAAUAAUUAUUUAAUUAGAUUGAUCUAAUAGGAAUGCUUAUUGUGACCAAAAAAAUUUAUAAAAUUAAAUUAAAAUUUAGAUUUUCAUACACGACACUUAUUAACUCAUUCCAAGGUCCGUUGGAUUCCAUUUAAAUAAAUUAAUCUAGUUAAUUAAUAAAAAUCAUCUGCCUGAAUGACGUUCCUUAAAUAAAUAAUUAAAAAUUAAGACGAUUAAAUGAAAUAAAAUUCUGUACAACUCUACAGUGGAUAUCUCAUAAUAAAAAAAGUCGUAAUAAAGCGAUAAAAUGUCUUUUAGUUAAUAAAUAUACAAUUGAGACAUUACUGAGUUGAUGUCAAUUUAAACGGUUCGCCAGACCCCAAAUUUAUUAAAUAAAAUUAAAUUAACUUUGUAAUUAUCUUUCACUCAAAAAAAAAAAAAAAUUAAUUUUAUAUUAUUUCUUUUUUUACACACUAAGUAUAUUAAUAGCCCAUAAAUAUGUAACGAUGCCUGCAAUACGUAUAUUAUAAUGCUUUAAAAUCGUAAAACAUGACUCACGAAUGUCCAUCGAGCGCAAUUACGUCAGGAUAACCUUGAUCCGUAAAAUAUUUAUGAUCUAUUAAAUUAAAUCAUGAAUUACAUUCUUUUUUUUUUUCUUUGUUUUUAAUUAUACAUGACUAGCAAUUAAUUAUUCAUAAUUCUAUACAUUCAUAAAAUUUAUAAACCGCAAAUUAGUUUAGUUGAAUUUUAAUUUUAAUAGGUGAAUUGCUAUUGUUUAUUAUUUUAAGUUUCAAGUAAAGAAAACUGGUCAAUGCAAC